AUGUCUGACUUAAAGACUGAGUUAGAUACGUCUGAAAAAGUCACGAGAUUCCUUCGUAAUAAGUCUUCAAAGACCGAAGACCUUGUUAUCGUCGUAAAGGAUCUUAUUGACGGGAAUCUCAAUGUCUUUCUUCCCCAGAAAGAAGUUGUCAUUCUUCAAUGGAUUUUUGACUACUUGGGUGAACGCAAGAAUACUGAGGCCAAAAUUUCGGUUGGGUUUUGGAAUGUUCUUUCAUCCGUUUGGGUGAGCUUAGCAGACGAUCAUGAUACACUCUCUCGUACAUACCUUAGCCACAAUUUCGCCGGUAUUCUUACAGAAACUUUUAAUCAAGCAACUACUAAAAUUUCCAGCAAAGAUAAUGUUAAGAUCCAGUCUCUAGUUGAUGAAAUUAGUACGGCAAUGGAAGCUAUCAGCAAGUCAAAUUUGUGGUUCAAGCUUCCCCUUGACAGUACAAUAUCUUUAAUUUUAUCAUAUACAAAGCUCUACAUACACGCCAACAGAAACACCACUAUACAAUUAUCAUUUGAAAAAUCAAGUCUUUUAAUUAAAAAGUUUUUAAAGUCUACGCUUACAGGAUCCGACUUGAAAAAAUUUUCAGCGGCUUUUAACGAAAAAAUUCUUAGUCACGUCUUUGUUUUAAUAGGAAUGGACCUUGACACUUAUUCAAAAGAUCUUUACAACUUUCUGGUAUCAACUCUGAUAGCAACGCCGGACAAAAAAGCUACUGAAAUCGAUCUGGCUCCAGCUCAAUCUGCAGUUAACGAGUACAAACUUACCGACGAGGAAAAACACAAAUCGUCGAUUGCUCUUUACGAAAUUCUCGUGGUUACUCUUCCAACGCGCUCCGAUUCUGCAUUUUCACAGCUCCGCAAAAUUGCUCCCUCAGCACUUAAAACCCUUGUCUCUAUUUCUUCAUCUAAAAAAAUCAAGCUUGAUUCUGAUUUUUUAAAAUCAACAAUGUCACAAAUUUUUGACAAGAAAAAGGAAUCAGUUGACUGGCAGCUUUUAUCAUUUAUCCACAAUAUUGAUGAAUCUUUUUUAACAGAGCGCUCUCAUCUUUCAGUAAUUCUUGCUACUACAACAUCUAAUAAAGAAAACAGUAAAGAAUUUCAUGCUUUUGCCAAAUCUUUUAUCGAUUACUUUACAAACUCUCGCGAGCUUCCACAGUUUAUUCUUUCCUGGAAAAAACAUUUAGUACCAAACUCUUGCUGGUACAAUGAUUUUAUUUCAGAAUACUUAUCUAUCCAAGUUAGAACGUUAUCUAAUAUUCAACUCAAGAGUUUACUGAAUACCCUUGUUCACCCUCUUACACUAGAAAAUCCAAAUGAGACUCCAGAUCAGCUUUAUCAACCUUUAAUAGUGUGCGUUCUGAGUUUUUUCCAGCAACGAACUCUUCCUCAUUCUAUGCUUUUUGAUCCACUAUUCACUGCUCUCCAAUCAAAGGUUAACAUUACUUCAUCUGAGUUUUGGACUCUUAAAUACCUCAUUCUUUCAAUCAGUUCUGGAUUCGUCCAAAAAUUCCAUGCUCUCAUUGUUUCCCAAGCUCAGAGCAUUGACUAUGGCUUGGAUAAGAAAAACGUCAAUGACAGCCUUGCUAUUGGUGUCAUGCAGUCUCUUUUUCGAAUUGCAGAAUAUAUUGAGUUUUCUGAGUUUGAAAACUACGUUUCUAAGCUUAUCAAGUAUAUUGGCAAAAAGUCUAAGUCUCCUGAAAUAUUUUUCGAAACCAUGUGCGAUCGUUGGCUGAUUCUCAUCAACAUUCGUCUGCGCAAAAAAUACAAAGAGCGUCUUAUCGGCUUGUUUGCCACAAACAAGAAUGCUUUUAAUAAGCUUUGUUCUACUGAACUUUUCUUUGAACAGGGGAGUCUUUCACCUUUGGCCUUGCAAACCUUGGCCGACAAAAAGGAACUCAAAAAUGAGCUUUUGCGCAUUAAAAUUAUUUCAUCAAUGCCGCUGCAAGUUAUCCGCGGUUCUAGCAGAAAGGAACUUCUCAACAAUCUUUCUGAUCUUGCUCUUUCUGAAAAAAAUUUGAAGGCCAGUGAUGAAACUCUUGAAUUCCAACUUACAGCGAGGGCUGCCAUAGAUCACCUUCUUUCCCACCCUUCUUCUACAGUCACACUUGUUUCUGAUUCUGCAGCACUUCAGAAGUAUUUUUACUCUGCAUUUUCUUUUGGAAACCACGAACUCGAAACUCUAACCCGUGCUUCAUGCGAAAAAAUUAUCAAUUAUAACAUAAAGACACAAAAGGAGCGCGAGGAAGGUGCAAAAUUCAUUUUUGCUUUGGUUAAUGAGGCAGUCAGCUCGCUCAAGAAGACGAAAAAACAUUCCAACAAUUUUGAACAACUUGAAUUUGCUACUCUUAUUGUCUCUCUUGUUCAUUCAGAGAACCUUCAAGAAAGCGGCCUGGAUAAUGUUAUCCUCAAGUCACUUACCAAAAUUUUACAGACUACCAAGGGUGCUGACAAGUCGUUAAACGAUGCGCUCCACGCAAUCCAAAACCUUGCCAUUCUUUCUACCACCAAAACAAACGAACUUUCGAAAUCUCCUGAAAUUUUCGCAGUCACGGGUACUUAUGCGACACUUGCAUUGAAAAAACUUGUUGAGCCACAGGAUGGAAAAGAACGCGCAAUCUUCAAAAACCUUGCAGCCUCAUGUUUUACGGUUUUGACGCAUCUGAGCAGUACCAAGGACCAGGUAGAAGCCUGUCUGGCAUAUUAUAUCAGUCUUCUAGAACAAGAGGUUGGUGUUUCUAACAAUGACGUUGUGGCUUGCCUUCAACAACUCGAAGAAGCUGACUUUAACUUCUUGUUUAAUGAAACUAUUGGUAGUUUGUUUGAUCCUGAGUCUGCAAAACCCUUUGCUUAUAUCACUGCAGUCACUGCAUUCCCAAGAGCAUUAAAAGACGAAGAGAAUGUUGCUGCUUCUACCAAUGUCACCGAACUUUUAACUAAUGUCAUCAAGAACUGUGAUAAACUUUCUGAAGGUGAUUUACUGUCUUAUCUUAGCUUUGUCGAGUACAUGGUUAAGGAUCGACCUAGACUUUUGACACAGUUUUGUCUGGAUAUUAUUAUUUCCACAUUUGUGCGCAUCUGCACCAGCGACUUCGGACCUAGUUUUACUCCGAAAUCUGAUAUUGACAGUAUCUAUGCACAACUUGCAAGUGUGGCUUCGUCGGUUGUUGUUUUUAAUAGAAGCAGGCUUAACGGACGGUACCACCUGCUUACUCAACUGUUGACGUCGCUUCUUGGCUGUCUUACCAAUACUGAUUCGAAUUGUACUAGUAACUUCCAGCCCAGAUGGGUAGUUAACUCAUCCAAGCCACUUGGUGAGAAGGCGGCAGAUGCAUAUACCCGGUUGAUUUCCAAUCUCUCGUCGACUGUUAUUUCUUAUCGCGAAACGAGCGAAAGGUACAAACUUUCUUCGUAUGCUCAGAUGCUCAAGAAACACUUGUCUAUUUACAUUGGUGUGGUGCUUAUUAACUAUGUGAGGUUUUCUCUCCAAGAAGGGUUCACGCCUAGUGUGCGCCGUGGCUUGGUUCCUGGAUUUUACAUGGUGUUUAACACUAUUGGUAGCGAGCAGCUUAAGAAUGUAAAUCUGUUAUUGGACUCAAAUUCUCGACCAUACUUUAAGACUCUUUAUGAGGAUUACAUGACAUAUGGUAAAUGGAAGAGUGAAUAG